AUGAGGAGACAAGGGAUGUAUCAGCUGAUUUCUAAAAGAAAAGCAAAGAUAUGCUUGGAUUUUUUGGUAGAAGAUCGGCUUAUUAAAGAAACUGGAGAGAUGUGGGAGAAGUUUAGGGUGUUUAAAAUUGAAAAAAAUAAUCAUGUGUUGUUUGAGUUUUUAGGGGAGUCUGAAGAGGAUUGCAAAGUUUGGAAUUUUAGAAAAGGAGUCAUAUAUUUAACAGAAAAUUUAUUUGGGUAUGCUGAUAUAGCCCAAGCAUGGCUUUAGCUCGGGUUUCUGAGAAGUAAAAGGGGAGCUGUGAUUAAUUUACUGGAAUCCCUAUAAUAAGCAAACAUUUAAAACCCUCAGAAAUAAUGAUAACCUAAGCUAAAAUCGUGCUCAGGCUAUGAAAGAGUUCAAUGCAAAUUGAAAAGAGAAAAAAUCAUCAAUGUUUUUGUCAGCCAAAAUAAUGCUUAUUUUUUAGAAAAUAACGAAAUUCACAAAUUUAAUUACUCCCAUAUAAAAAGAAAGCAUAAAGGAGUCUUCAAGAUGCCGAGGACACUAGUGCUAAAAAUCGAAAAUUUCAAUGAAUAUUUUUCCCCAAAUGAGCUCAAAAAAGUUUUUUUCUUUUUAGAAAGCUCCAAUAUGUAUUCUAUUGCGUCAGAGUUUAAAAUUGGGAUUAUUAAGCAUGGGAAUAUAAUUCAAUCAUUCAGAAUUUCUGAAUCAAUUAGAGGGAUAAAAGAAAUCUCAAAAGAAAUUACUAUAGAAGGCAGCUAUAAUGAUUUUAAAAUAGAGAAAAAACAGGCGGUUCUGCCUAAACAGGUACAAAAUCCUGCACAGAAGUUUAAACCUUCGAUAAAGGCAAUGCAAGCGUUAGAAAACUCGGAAGCAAUAACAGAAACAAUUGAUUUAUUUUGGCACCAAGAGCUAAAAGGGAGCUUAGAAAACAAGCUGAUAUCAGAUUGACAUCUUCAGUGGAAAGCUCAAAAAAUUAUUAAAUUUUUUUCCUUAUAAAAGUAACUAUAAAAAGAGCUGAAAAAGUGCAUUAAAUUUUUUCAAGUAAAAAACUAUAAAAAGGCUAUAAAGAUUAAGCCACACUUACCCAAUCUUCAGCCUUUAGAUAGAGUAUUUUUGUCUUCUCAAGAAUUUUACCAAGACUAUCUCUACGAUUAUAUCAAAAAUUAUUUAUCACUAACAGUUCAAGGCUUUUACCACACAAACCCUGAUGCUUUACUGUUACUGCAAGAAGCCUUGAGAGAGCAAGAGCAGAACUUAUAUGGAGACGGGCUGGUAAAACCAAACCAGCCGCUGUCUACUUUAAUAAAAGACUCUUUACCAUUUGCAACUCAGUUCGAUAAUCCUUCACAGACCCAUAUCCAUACUUUAUUUUCAUAG